ACUGAGGUGUUCUGUGUCAGAAAAUUUUACACGUUACAAAUUUAUGCACGCAUCUACAUAAUUAAUAUAAAUUCAGAGAAUAAAAAAAUCCUGAUAUUGAAUAUGUUUCAUUAUUGUUGUGAGCCUAUAGAGCUUCCAGAAUUUAUCGACACUACUAUACUAAAAUGCACAGACCCAAAAUGUUGUUGUGGAUGUUGUUCAGCUCUUAGGCCAAGGUACAAAAGGUUAGUGGACAAUAUUUUUCCCGAAAACCCUGAGGAUGGAUUGGUUAAGUCAAACAUGGAAAAACUUACAUUCUAUUCAUUAAGUUCUCCUGAAAAAUUGGAUCGUAUAGGAGAAUAUUUAUAUCAGAAAGCAACUAAAGAUAUUAACAGAAAACGAUACAAAACGGUAGAGAUCGCUAUGGAAGCAAUGGAUAUUUUGUUAAUGGCAUGUCAUGCCCAAACAUUGAAUCUCUUUGUCGAAUCUUUCCUCAGGAUGGUCCAAAAAUUAUUAGAAGAUGUAAACCCAAAUUUGCAAAUAAUGGCCACUAAUUCGUUUGUCAAAUUCGCUAACAUCGAGGAAGAUACGCCGUCGUAUCAUAGGCGUUAUGAUUUUUUUAUUUCAAAAUUCUCGUCUAUGUGUCAUGGCAAUCAUGACGACGUUCAAUUAAGAGAUAAUAUUAGGCUUGCUGGUAUUAAAGGACUACAAGGUGUAAUUAGAAAAACAGUAUCUGAUGACUUGGUCGAGAAUAUAUGGGAAAAACAGCAUAUGGAAAAGAUAGUUCCAUCUUUAUUGUUCAAUAUGCAAUCUGGACCUUCAACGACAACAGAUGAUGCAACUCCUUCUUCACCUCCAAUUUUAGCGGAAUCUGUUUUACGAGAACUUGUUAGUAGAGCCUCAUUUGGACAUAUUCGGGCCGUACUAAAACCUCUAUUAACACAUCUUGAUAGACACGAACUAUGGGUUCCAAAUCAUUUCGCAAUUCAUACUUUCCGAGUUGUUAUGAUUUCAAUUCAACCACAGUAUUCUUAUACCGUUGUAGAAACUUUAAUGCAGCAUUUAGAUAAUAACUUAAAGUCUUGCCCAAAAACUAGGACUUCGUUAGCUGUAGUACUAUCGAAAAUUAUAGCUAUAGCAGCUGGUGAAAGUGUUGGACCUUCAGCACUUGAUAUCAUUAAUAAUUUGCUUACACAUUUAAGAACUAGUGUGAGUACAACCAAGGAAAUCACGCCUGAAGAAAGUCAGUAUCAAGAAGCCCUCAUUAACGCGUUGGGAGAAUUCGCUAAUCAUCAUCCAGAUUACCAAAAAAUUGAAAUUAUGCUUUUUAUUAUGAAUACUGUUCCAGAUUUGACAAAAAAAAGCAAAGGAGAUCAAAUGCUUCAAAAUAUAUUAUUGAAAAGUUUACUUAAAGUGGGAACACAGUAUCGCACCACUUCGUUUGAGAAAGCAUUUCCAACAUCUUUUUUGCAACCGCUUUUAAAAAUGGCUCGAACGCCGCACGAUCCGACCCGCAUUAUUGUUAUGCAGAUUUUGCAAGCAUUGUUAGAUAGACAUUCAAAUCAAAUGGUAUUAGCAAAUAUUACAGUGAAGGGGCAUAACACGCUUUCAAGGGAACCACCAUCGAGAUCAGAUAUAAUAUUUACUCAUAAGCAUGGUGCAAAUAUUAUGCAAGCUUUAAUAGAAGGUCUAGCUUUAUCAGAAAAAAUUGAAGCGUUAGCUGCUGGCUAUAAUACUGCUAGUUUACUGAUUGUUGAAAUGUCUUGCAAUGAAACAAUUCAAGAAUUUCUAUUAUUUAUUUUAGGAAUUCAGCAAAUAGCUACUACAUCUGUUGAAUUAUCAUCCUUACAUAAGUGCAAUCUACAUAUUAUUUCUAUUUCACUUUUAUGUUUAUUGUCAUGCGUUACAGGAAUAAACUCUCUUCUUGAAUAUGCUCAAAAAAUAUGUGAAGAUCGUGUAGAAGAAGCACCGUAUUUUCUUCCACCUUUACUAGAUACCAAAAAGUUUACAAAAAAUUUAAAUGUAAAUUUAAAACAUUUAUAUAUUGAUAAAUUAGCUUUGUGUGAGCGUUUGCAAAGCGCUGGUUUAGAAUCUAACAGAAUUCAGACUAAUCUACCAUAUUCUUUAAACCAAAUAGAUAAUUCCACACAUCGCCAUAGUUGGGUUGAGCCAGUGACAACAUCUUUAGUAACUAGAAACAGUUCUGCUGACCUAUCUGUUUAUAAUAAUGAUGGUGAUAGUAAUAAUAGCUCUCCAAGUCUUACCAAGAAAAUUUUAGCACCUGAAUAUAACUUUGAUGCAAUGAAGAGAGCUUUGGCUGAACCGACUGAAAAAUAUAAACGUGAAAUGGAUGAAAAACAAAAGCAAAUCGGAAAAACUUUCCGCGAAAGCACAUUUGAUGAUUUAAUUAGGCGAACUGAACCUAAACAUGAAAUAAUUCAAAACCGAUUAAAUGAUUUAUUCACCUCCCUUUCAGUUGAAAGACAGAUUGCAGCACAAGAUAAUAAAUUUCAACAAAAUUACAAAACUGUAUAUGAAAAUAAUUUUCCUGAAUUAUUUUAUUAUUAAAUAUGUAAUAUAAUUUAAGUAUUUA